AAGUAACCGUUUGAAAGGAGCUAUUAUGAGCGUAUUCUGUUGUUGGGAACCGCUUUCUAAGGCCAGUUUCUCAGUUCAAAUAGCGGAAACGAUCUCAAUGCAAGAGGCGUCCCUCUCUAUCAAUCUUCUCCUAUCCAUCCUUUAGUUUGGACAUAGGAGAAGAACCAUGGCUUUCAGUUUCAUCAAAACCUUAUUCCUCUUCGUCUCCUUCUCGGGCCUCCUCCUCCGUGCCCACGCCGCCCGCACACCGCAGGCCCGCGUCUGGACCCUCUGCAAGCCCACCACCAGCCCAGUUGUGUGCUUCACAACCAUACUUCCUCAUGUCAUAACCUUACGAAAAUUCAAUGCCUACACAGCUCUAGAAAUAGAGAUUGAAACCACACGGGAACUCGUCGUAAACACUACGACCCUCGUCAAUAGACUCCUCACCAACCCAACCAAUUCCAAAGAUCUGAACGAUUCCCUCCAAAUAUGCUCCGAACAAUUCGAUAACAUGAUGGACUCCAUUAAGGAUACCAUGACGGUAGUGGAGCAGCGCAACGCCGCCGAGGCUCGCUUCAAGUUCAGCGCGGUGCUCUCGUACCUCUCCUCAUGCACCGACGAGUUCAACAAUUCACCGAUUGUGAAGGAGGGGAAGGACUUGUACAAUCUUGGAGCGAACUGUUUGGACAUCAUGAAAGCCAUCGAAGAUAGAGAGAGCCGUCGCCGCCGAUUACAACCUGUGGGAAGCCCAAAGGUCGGCCCACCACCAGCAGUCCUUACCCCGUGCCAGAAUCAAAUUGGGCCUUGCACUUAGGCCCAAUAUUAUCCCAGUCAAUAAAUGUUUGAACAAUUAUUCUCUUUUCCUGUGGUUUGUAACUGGAUGAUACUUUUAUGUGGGUAGGAAAUGAGAUGUUGUUAUGGGAACAAUAUUAAGGAAAACGAGAAGGAAAUGAAGAAAUUUAUUUGUUUUUUAAA